AUGAAUAAUUAAGGAGAAUACAAAAACAUAAAUAUGUUUAUGAGAAUAGUAAUAAUGAAGCAUGGAUUAUAGAAACAAUAAUUGUCUACUAAACUAAAUUAUUGUAGACGAAUAAAUAAUAGGAAUAUAUGCAAAAGCAAAAUUGGUUAUGCAAAGGUUAAAUACCUUAAUUGUACUAAUGCUGAUUUAACACUACAAACAUGGGAAAAACCUUUUCGCUUGAAUAUAGAAGUUUGGUAAAUUUGAACCUAAAUUACCUAAUAAAGGAAGGAUGAAUAAUAGUUCAAAUAAAAUUAAAAUAUAGUGGCAGAUAUUUUAGGUGUUUCGUCGAGGACUCAAGAUUGGGGUUCGGUAAAAUCUAGUAGAUACAGCUAAUGAUGCAUUUGUUACAAAAAAUUGAAUAGAAAUAGAAUUAUAACUAAAAUCUACAUAUUAAUCACUUUAUUUUAUAAGUUAUAUAUUUCAAGCUUA